AUGGUUGCGUCGGACAUUCCCCCACUUCAAUUUACUUCUAUUGAAGAUAUCCAGGAGCGCGCCUCGAGACUGCGCAAGUCGUUUCUGGAGCACAAGACGCGCGAUGUCGAAUUUCGGUUGAAGCAGCUUCGCAAGCUCUAUUGGGCUAUCAAGGACCAUGAGGAGCAGAUCGUCGAGGCCUUGGCCCAGGAUCUGGGCAGGCCACGUUUCGAGUCCGAAGUCUCCGAGACCUUAUGGAUGGAGAAUGACAUUGUGUUUGUGAGCCGGAAUCUUCACAAGUGGGUUAAGGAUGAGAAGGCCGAGGAUAUCGACCUUAACUACAAAUUCAUGAACCCUAAGAUCCGUAAAGACCCGCUGGGUUGUGUUCUGGUUAUUGGUGCUUUCAACUUCCCCUUUCAGUUGACUCUUGGACCGGUCAUUGGCGCUAUUGCUGCUGGUAAUACUGUGGUAAUCAAGCCUAGUGAGAAUGCUCCCAAGAGCGCCGUCGUCAUGCAGCAGAUUGUGGAGGCCUCCCUCGACCCGUCAUGCUACACAGUGGUUCAAGGUGGACCCUCGGAGGUUCAGGCCUUGCUUGCCGACCGAUGGGACAAGAUAUUCUUUACCGGGGGCGCCAACGUCGGUCGUAUCAUCGCCAAAGCAGCCGCUCCUCAUCUGACACCCGUUGUGCUGGAACUGGGAGGCAUCAACCCCGCCAUCAUCACCAAGAAUGCCAACCCUCGACUGGUCGCGCGCCGUAUGCUAUGGGGUAAAACGCUGAAUGCGGGCCAGAUUUGCACAUCGCAGAACUACCUCUUGGUCGACAGAGCCAUCUUGCCGGCCGUGGUUGAGGAGUUCAAGAAGGCCUACAAAGAAUUCUACCCCCAGGGCGCUAAAGCAUCACCAGAUUACUCUCGCAUCAUCAAUGAGGGUGCCUUCCGUAAACUCAAGUCCAUGAUCGAUAACUCCAAGGGAAAGAUCCUCAUGGGAGGAACCAUGGACGAAAACGAAAGAUUCAUCGAACCGACCCUUGUUCAGGUCGACUCGACCGACGACUCUCUGAUCAUCCAGGAGAGCUUCGGCCCAUUGAUGCCCAUCCUUCCCGUCGACAACCUCGAAGAGGCCGUCAAUAUCGCCAACAGCAUCCAAAGCACCCCCUUGGGUGUAUACCCCUUCGGUAACAAGGCUGAUACCGACAAGAUCCUUGCCAUGACUCGCUCGGGCGGAGCUGCCGUCAACGAUGCCGCCCUGCACAUCCCCACCCUUCCCUUCGGUGGUGUCGGUGAGAGUGGUCACGGCGCCUACAGAGGAAAGGCCAGUUUCGAGGUCUUCGUGCAUCGCCGCCCCAUCACCACCAGCCCGGGCUGGCUCGAGGCGAUCCUUUCCAUCCGGUACCCCCCGUAUGCCGGCAAACUGAGCAAGUUCAAGGUCGCCAGUACCUUGGUGCCCGAUUUCGAUCGCGAAGGCAAUAAGCUUCGGUUCGGCUGGCUGCGCACCAUCCUCACGCUCGGCGGCGGAACCGCGAAGGCUGGCGCUGGCAGGGCCGUAGCUGUUGCAGCCGGUGAGUAA